AUGGAUUCCAGGGAGUACGAUCCACAGGAUGAGUAUAAGUCACCAUUUAACUUUGACUGUGGGGUCAAUCGGAAUUAUCUCUUCCUGUCACCUCGCCUGAGCAACACCCCCCCGGAUUCUCCCACUCGGCUCAGCACUGAUUUGCUGAAACCUGAAAAUGUACCAGAAGGAGAAGAUGCAGCUGCGACUGUAAAGGACACGUUAUCAGAUGAAGAGCAGGAAAACCUCAGGAGAGAGCUGGAAAAGGUAGAAGAAGAAAUACAAACACUCAAUCAAGUACUAGCUGCAAAAGAGAAGCGUUUAGCGGAUAUAAAAAGAAAGCUUGGAGUAACUCCUCUGACUGAACUGAAGCAAAACAUUUCCAAAGGCCUACAAGAUGUUGCCUCCACCAAUGUGUACAGAAAAACCUCAGAGACUCUGUCCACUGCUGGACAGAGAGCCUCAGCAGCCAUCUCUACAGUUGGCUCCGUCAUUACAAAAAAAUUGGAAGAUGUAAAGUAA